AUGAUCAGAUGGUUGAGAUCGUUAACUCAGUUGGGGAAACGAGUGGAUCGUCAAUUUGAAGUUUCGGUACGGAACGGUACUCCUAUGCAUCCUCCACCUACUCAUUUCAAUAAUCCUCAUAAUAUUCCAAAAACCUAUGGAGACCUUCAACGGUCUAAAGAUUCUGUGACUUCAAGUUUUGGAUACGUACAAGGUCAGGGAACUAAUUAUGACAGCAUUUCUAUGACUCUGACGAAUUUGAAUCUGAAGUCUAAACACCAGACUCAAAGUCAAUCGCAUGAAGUAAUCCGUACCGAAGAUCAAAACCAUCAACAUAAUAAUAAUAAUAAUAAUAAUAAUAAUAAUAAUAAUAAUAAUAAUAAUAAUAAUAAUAAUGAUUUUGUUAAGGACUUGGUGCUACUUGCCACCAUGUGUACAUUAAUUUAUUUGACUCUUGAUAACUACAUUGGUCGAAUCCAAGCAGAGAAACUUCAAGCAGAAACAGCAGCUAUAAGUGCUCGCACUAAGCAAUUGCUUCAAACCAGAUUCAAACAACAAACUCAACAACGAGAUGUUCAGAUUCUAGCAGAACGUAAGAAAUCCAAUCGUAGAGAUUUUAAAAUGAGUCUUCACAUUGCCAUUCUACGUCAACAAUUAAAGGAAUUGGGUGUUGAACCAAAAGAUAUAGACAUUGCACUACGAGAAUUUGAUGAUUCAGUUAAAAUAGAUACCUCCGUCCAUAACGUCUCGGGACAAGUCCUUUGGCUUGAAGAUACUUCACCUUUAAAGGAAUUCCUUCCAGAUAUUCAUGAGUAUGAUCAACAGGGAACUAAUAAAGAGUAA